AAGCAACACUUACAGUGUAGUUGUAGAGCAUUUCAAACGCUGGGGGAUUUGCAGUUUCCCGCGACACGUUCAGCGUAAUCCAAGCUGCGUUCACAAGCACCACUGUGUUCGUGAUUGUUGUUAAAAGUGGUGUCACAGCCACCACAACACGAGCAUGUUUGUGCUGCACCGUCAACGGUUUCUAAAGCCGCUUGCACUUCCAGCUGCCCGCUUCUUACCAGCGCUGUAUUUUGCGCAAUUCACUAAAAUUGUGCAGAAGAAGCUGAAGUCCUCGGCGGUGGAGCCGGAGCCGUUCAGCCGUCCUCCUGCUCCUCUUUCCCCGGAACAACUAGACAGGAUCGCCCGCAACAAGAGGGCAGCGUUGGAGAAACUCGCUUCCGCUCAAACACCUCCAGGGUUUGAGGAAAGCUGGAGAAGCUGUCUGUCGGCGGAGUUUGGAAAGCCCUAUUUUAAACAACUGAUGAAUUUUGUCUCUGAAGAGAGGAAGCGCCACACUGUGUACCCACCUGCCGAGCAUGUCUUCACCUGGACACAGAUGUGUGACAUCCGGGAUGUCAAAGUGGUGAUUCUUGGCCAGGAUCCAUAUCAUGGUCCAAACCAAGCCCAUGGACUGUGCUUCAGUGUCCAAAGACCAGUGCCUCCUCCACCCAGUUUGGAGAACAUGUACAAAGAACUGGUGUCGGACAUUGAAGGCUUUCAGCACCCCGGACAUGGAGAUCUGACUGAAUGGGCCAAACAAGGCGUGUUGUUGCUCAAUGCUGUGUUGACCGUCCGAGCCCACCAGGCCAACUCCCACAAAGACAAAGGCUGGGAGACGUUCACCGACGCUGUGGUCCACUGGCUCAGCAGCAACCGGGAAGGCCUCGUCUUCAUGCUGUGGGGCUCUUAUGCUCAGAAGAAAGGAGCUGCUAUUAACAGGAAGCGCCACCACAUUCUGCAGGCUGUGCAUCCUUCUCCCCUGUCUGCUCAUCGAGGAUUUUUUGGAUGCAGGCAUUUCUCAAAGGCGAACGAGUUGCUGAAGAAAUCCGGAAAGUGUCCCAUAAACUGGAAGGCACUUUAAGUUGUUUAACAUGUCAGCUUUUCUAAAUCGUUUGUUCGUGAACUACAGUCUAAAACCCAUCCAUAAGCUUUCUGAGUUUCCUGUUUUAGCAGUAGUAUGUGUAGAGAUUAGUUUAUAAAGGGUUCAUGUUGGCAGUUUAAGCUCUACACUGAAUUUUCAUAAAGGCCUUUUUCUGAACUGUUCUGAUACAUCUUUGUAUGAUCUGCACUUCUUGGCAGUUUCUUGUA